AUGGCUUCUAGAGGACAGAAACGUCCUCGGUCCGCCUCGGACGAUGGCGACGACAACACCAACACCAACACCGCCAUCCCUGCGCCUGUCAUACCCUCCAGCUCGACUGCCACCACGGCUAUCGCUAACCCUUCGACAGGACCUCAUUCCGCAACUGCCCUAGCAAAUGCCCGGAAUGCCAUGACCCAAGCCUUGCUGGCUGAAGUGGCUCCCCCCCAUUUGCUCGACUAUUUCCUCCUCCGUACCAAUCUGGACGUCAACCUCGCAAUCGCUCAGUUCCGCACUCAUAGGAACACCGUGCUGACGGCAGGGACGACCUAUCCUCUACCAAGCAGGCCAGGACCGGCAGCAUCGUCCCGUCCAACUACCGGUAAGGAUGGCCAGGGUGAUAAAGACGGCGGCGCGGCUAAGAAGGACACUGGCAAGAAGGGCCCCAAACCAGGUAAGAACGACAAGGGUAAGGGCAAGGCCAAGGACACGCCUAGAAACAGCCCGUCCAACCCCUCCAGCGGCGGCGAUAGCGAUGAUGACGAUGAUGACAACGAUCCAGAUAAGAUCCGUCAUGGAAUCAACAACGAAGCCCAGCGCCGAAGAGUCGCUGUCAAGUUGAGGGAUUACGUGCAAGAGCACUACGACGAUACCGACGAAUUUAACAAGCAUGGCUUAAGCCCGACCGAAGCAAUCUUCCUUCUGGUGCUCUAUGCAUGGGACAUCAAGCAGAUCAAGAAACACUACAACAGUAUUGGUAGCAUGAGAUGGCCCAUCUACCGCCGGUAUGACCACAUGAGAAUCCCCAUUGAUCUCAAGAAGACCGACAACAAAGACGUGAAAAAGAUGAAGACCAAGGACCAAGACGAGCGUCUCGCACUGCUGAUCGAAGCCACUGGUCGCUCGGACUAUUACAGCCUGCGGCGCUUCCUGGAAGAGAUGGAGUGGAAUCUCGUCGAUGCCGUAUCUAUCUGGUUCAGCGUCGGAAUCGAACCCUACAAUGGGUCCAUGCCCAAGGAUAAAAGUCACAAAAAGGCCGCCGACGAUGACGACGACGACGACGACUACAGUGGUCUCCGUCGCGACACGGACGGAUACGUCGUUGACGCACCGUCAGGCAACGCAUGGGAGGCGGCACCCGUGGACAAUGAUUGGGAUGCAGACCGGGAGACCUUCGAGCCGGCCGACAAGGACACUCCGGAGGUCGAGGUUACGAUGGCCGACGACCAUCUGAUUCGGACACACACAAAACGCGAGCCUUCAUCCGUGGUUAACGAAGACCGUGAAACGGCGGCGGCGGGCAAGCCCAACCCGCACAAAAUGGUCAUCGAGGUGAUUCAGGACGGCAAGUACAAGUACAAACACUACCACGGCGGCUUCGACUGGCCCGGGGCCAACAGUUCGGUGAUCAAGGCGCGCAAGGACCAGCCGGCGCGCAACCAGCCGUUCGACUGGACCAACCAAGACCACCUCAAGCUGUUGAACGCCUGGCGUCGUCAGAACAACCGACGCAUCACGCAGCAGAAGAACCGCGAGGCCAGCCAGGAGUGGACACAUAAGGAAAAGAAGUUUUUGUACAACUUGAGCAAGAAUGAGCUGAAAGAGUUGAUGCGUUUGAAUCCUCGCAUGACCAGAGACCAACUGCUCCCGUUGAGAGUGCCGAAGUCCGUGAAGGAUGAAUGGGCGAGCAAGUUCAAUGCGAAGUUCACCGGCAAGCCCCCUCCGGGGGCUCCGGCGGGCACGGAGCCGCGAAAGGACCGCUCGGCAGCUGCGUUGAUGACGCAGAGAAACCGAUCGAAGAGAAUGAUCAAGGAUUUCAAGUGUACGCGAGAUUUUAAGUUCUUUGAAAGAAAGGCCAAGGCAAGGAUGAACAGAAAAAAAGGGGCUGGUGGUGGAGACGACGACGACGAGGAGGACGAGGAUGAGAGUGACGCUACCACCGUCUACAGUGACGAUAGCACUGACUCCGGUGACGAUACCAGCGACGACGAUGACGAUGACGACAACAACGACAACAACGAUGAUGGAAACGACGGUGUCCUGGGUGACAAUGUCAGGGUUACUCGCAGUAGGAGUGCACACAGCCAAAACACUCCCCCUGGAAAUGCCCCCUCUGGCAGCGGCAAGGGCAAGGGCAACGGUAGCGGCAGUGGCAGUGGCCACAAGCGCAAGAAGCUCCGCACCACCGGCCCUACCGCAGCAGGCCGGCCCUGGGGGGUUCCAGUCAACAGCGUGCAAACCGCCGAACCCGAGGACGUGGAUAUGCAGGAUGCCGGACUCGACAUCGACGACGACGCCGUAGCGGCAGCCCAGGCCAUGACCGAGCUCGCUGGCCAGGAGCCCAGUUCCAACGCCGCCGACGUAGCGGCAGCCCAGGUCUUGACCGAGAUCGCUAGCUCCUUCGUUGGCCAGGAGCAGGAGCCUGGUUCCAAUGUCGACUCUGCCACCUCUGGAGCGCAGCUGGAUCCGACUUAUGAUCCUAACGCCACCGAGUCGGAUGCCGAUGCGACCAACACAGAUCCCGAAUACCCCAGAUCCGAGGAUGAAGAGCUAUGA